AUGUUGGACGACAAUGCAUCUCAAUGCUCUCAAUGGAGCAUGACCGAGUAUGGAGCUCUUGACUGGGAUCACAGUGGUGAUGAGUUCGAUAAUAUCAAAGUACGUCCAAAAAUAACCAGAAGAGCGUCUAGUGCUUCACCGAGAGAUGCUGCAAAAGUGCGAGCAGCAUAUUUGGAAGCUAUUUCAGGUCGAGAUAGAAGAGUUCAGUGUGAAAGAGCUCAUAGGAGAGCACCCAUGGCGUCACCUAGAGACGGAGCAAAGGUGCAAGCUGCAUUUCGAGAGGCAAUUACGCCAUCGAAACGGAAGGCGAAGUCAGAGCCCCCCUCGAUUACACAUUCAAGAACUAUUGUGCGGGACGCCUUUGGAAGAUUUGCGCCGAGGAGUUCUCUUUCAAACGUGGUUCAGACUCGAAAGCGGUCUGCGUCAACCCCAGCAGCGUUCGGAGGCACAAGAACAGCACUGGUUCCUGGCCUCAAGAAGGAAACGCCCAUUCCACCUCCAGAGCGUAUCGAUUUCAGUGCGUAUAGAUCAUCAAGUAAUAGUGCAUUCGUGCGGCUGGAAUCAUCACCACUGCAAGGAUCUGCAACGCGAAUCGAGCAGCCGAAUCGUUCUUGUCUACCAUCCACCCAGGAGAAGAAAGCAACUGUAGCUAAGCGAGAUGCGAAAGGGAGAUUUGCACCCAAAAACACACUUCCUGUCCCAGAUAUUGCGGAGAUACCAUUUCCGAAGAUAGAGCAGAAUGUCGAGGCUGUCAUUCCUACAAAGGCGAGAGCCAAGGUCAAGAACGCUCCUGCGAAGUCACCUUAUUUCAGCCCGCCAGUUACCCCUGCCAAAGCACGGAAAGUCAAGAAAGAUGCAGCACUAGGCGCUGAAAGUUCUCAACAGCUUACGCCUAUGAAAGACGAGGACAUAGUGCCUUCAUCCCAAGGAUCUACAAAGAAGCGUAUUCCAGGAAAUACAGUCUCAUGUAUACCGUUCCCUCCACUCUCUGCCCCAUACUUUGGGUUGAUCCAGGAGAGACUAGCCCAUGAUCCUUUUCGCCUUCUCAUUGCCGUCACAUUUCUCAUCCGAACACAUGGGAAACACGCCAUCCCAGUCUUCUAUGAAUUGAUGGAGAAGUAUCCCACACCAGAAGUACUCGUUGCAGCCAGCAAACACGACAUUGUCCCAAUUAUCCGGCAUCUAGGUCUCCAAAAUCAACGCGCGUCAACCUAUCAAAUGUACGCCAAAAUAUGGCUCGAAAACCCACCUAUGAAGGACAAACGCUACCCAGUUCGUGGAUACCCCGAACCAGAAUCUGGUCGUGAUAUCAAGAAAGGCGAUAUCGUACUUGAUUCUGACGAGCGCUCAGCAUGGGAAAUAGGACACAUGACUCAAGGUCCCUAUGCCAUUGACUCCUGGCGAAUCUUCUGCAGAGACGUUCUACGCGGCGUCGCUCGUGGAUACAAUGGUGAGGGUACCGAAGAAGGCUUCCAGCCUGAAUGGAUGCGUGUCGUUCCAGAAGAUAAAGAGCUACGUGCUUACUUGAGAUGGAUGUGGUUGAAGGAAGGCUUUGAGUGGGAUCCGUUUACGGGCGAGAAAGAAGUCGCAAAUAAGGAUCUCAUGAAAGCUGCUAUGGAAGGAAGAAUCGCUUGGGAUGAUGCUGGUGGUAUGAGAGUUCUUGAUGAGGCUAUGGAUGCUACGCCUGGGUUGUCGCAGGUUGGGAAUCUUGAGAUUUCAUGA